CGCUUUCCCUCCCUGCUGCCGCGGGGGCCGCUGGGGGCUCGAUGGCGGCGCGGCGGGUGAUGGUGGGGUUGCGGGCGGUGAAGAGCGUUCGGGUCUGCUUCUGCCCCUUCGAGACCAACGUGGAGAGCACGCGAGAGUUUCUUCACCACAUAAGCAGUAAAAAAGCUCGCAGCUCCAAUUCCAACUGUGUCGUGACCACCGAUGUGAGGCACGAUGGGUCUGAACCGAUGGUGGACAUCAUGUUUGUUGGAGAACACCAGCCACUUUCUGAGGGGUUCCAUGCAACUGAACUCGAUGCCCAUCUAAAAGCCAGGAUCAAAUAGGAAUUGAAAGAAGGAAAUCUGCUUUGAAAAUCUGAUUCUCAAGUAUAAAUUUGGAUGCCUUAAAUUCAAAUUAAUUUAUAUAUAUAGAGUAUUAAAUAGCUGUGCAGAAUUAGUGCAUUGUAGCACUACAUAUAUGUGCCUUAUACACAUAAAGAGAGAUAUAUUUACAAUGCUGACACUUAAAAAGAUUUUUUCUACUGUUCGUCAGUAGUUUCCCCAUUUCAAGGAAGACUUUUUACUGUAAGAUUCUUUAUAUUUGACCAUUGGAGAUAUAAUGCAGCACUUCCAAUUCCAAACAUAAAAUUGAAAAUAAGUGAGCCAGACAUUCCCAAAAUCAUAAAUUAGCUUAAAAUAAUUAGACUUACAGUAAACUGAGAGUGAUUCUGGG